AUGAUCAACAAUACAUCACUUGCAUUCAUUACACUUCUGCUAUGUGCUGUGCUUGUUCAACAAGCUGCUUCAGCCACAAAAAAACGAGCAAUUAAGGUUGAAGAAUCAGAUUCUGAAGAUUCUGAUAGUGACGUUUCCGACUCUGACGAUGAACACGAAUCAGGCGAUGAAUCCGACGAAGACGAUUCCGACGUUGAAACAAAAACCACGAAAAAAUCACUCUAUAAAUCGCCUUCAUCUAGUUCAAAAUCGCUCAAAGGUAAAUCCAAAACUGAAACGAAAAAAUUGACCAAAACUAAAGGAACCAAAAAAUCCGACAAAAAUGAAAACAGCACCGGCCAAAAAAACCGUUUUGUUUUGCCUAAUUUCAAAAAAAGCAACGUGGUUGGUAAAGGUUCGAUGAAACGUAAAUGGAAAACGAAGUCUUACGAAGUUCAUUACGAAAGAAAAGGAAAUAACGUAGCUUUAAUCUGGAAAAAAGGAUCAGAUCUGGUGACCAUUGCUAAAAGCCAAGGAGAUAAUAUCGCUCAAGAAUUCAAAUUUGGAAACGCUAUUAUUUCAAUUGCAACUACCGCGGGUGGGAGUGUGGCUCAGGACUGGAAACUGGGUAGCUCUCAUUAUUCUGUGGCCAAAAUGCCCGGACUUGGUACCGUUACGAAUGGCAGUAUCAGCAAAGCUACGAUUAAUAAAUAUAAGAAGCUGAUUUCAGCUUGGUGUAAAGUUAAUGAUUUUUUUGUGGGUAAAAAAUAUUGCGUCGUUUUUUAAUAUGAAAAUCAUACAACAGCCUGGAAUAGAAAUACAUACGAAGACGAAC